AUGUCUUGUUCAACUCGCAUCUCCUCCUCCAGAACUGGGGGCAGUUCCAUCAAGGGAUCUGGUGGUGGGAGUAGCUUCAGCAGCGGAAGCCGAUGUGGUCUGGGGGGGACCUCCUCCCGGGGCUUCCAAGGGGGAUCCAGCAGCUGUGGCCUGAGUGGGGGGUCUGGUGGUGGCUUCGGAGGAAGCUUUGGAGGGGGCUUUGGUAGCUGUUCUGUAGGAGGAGGUUUUGGAGGAGUCUCAGGGGCUGGCUAUAGUGGGGGUUCUGGAUUUGGGGGUGGUUCUGGAUUCGGUGGUGGUUCUGGGUUUGGCAGCGGUGCUAGUGGAGGCUUCUACACCUAUGGUGGAGGCAUGGGUGGUGGUGGGAUGGGAGGUGGUUUUGGAGAUGGGGGGCUUUUCUCUGGAAGUGAAAAGCAGACCAUGCAGAACCUCAAUGACCGCCUGGCCAACUACUUAGACAAGGUCAGAGCCCUGGAGGAAGCCAACGCUGACCUGGAGAGCAAAAUCAAAGAGUGGUAUGACAAAUUUGGCCCUGGGUCUAAAGAUGAUGGAUCUGGGAGGGACUACAGCAGAUACUACCCAAUCAUUGAUGAUCUGAGGAAUCAGAUUGUUACUGCCACGAUUGAAAAUGCUGGCAUCGUUUUGCAAAUUGACAAUGCCAGAUUGGCUGCUGAUGACUUCAGACUGAAGUACGAGAAUGAGCUGUAUCUCAGGCAGAGUGUGGAAGCUGACAUCAAUGGUCUGAGGAAGGUCCUGGAUGACCUGACCAUGACACGCUCUGACUUGGAGAUGCAAAUCGAGAGCCUCACCGAAGAGCUGGCUUACCUGAAGAAGAACCACGAGGAGGAGAUGAAGAAUAUGCAAGGCAGCUCUGGAGGUGACGUGACUGUAGAAAUGAACGCUGCCCCAGGAACUGACUUGACCAAACUAUUGAAUGACAUGCGGGCGCAGUAUGAGGAGCUGGCAGAACAGAACCGCCGGGAGGCCGAGGAGCAGUUCAACAAGCAGAGUGCCUCACUGCAAGCCCAGAUCUCUACUGAUGCAGGGGCCACCAGCUCAGCCAAGAGUGAGAUAACCGAGCUGAGACGCACUUUGCAAGCCCUGGAGAUUGAGCUUCAGUCCCAAAUGGCCAUGAAAAGUUCUUUGGAAGGAACUCUGGCUGACACAGAAGCAGGCUACAUGGCCCAGCUGUCAGAAAUACAAAUGAAGAUAAGCGGCCUGGAGGAGCAGAUCUGCCAGAUCCGGGGCGAGACGGAGUGCCAGAACGCAGAGUACGAGCAGCUGCUGGACAUCAAGACCCGUCUGGAGAUGGAGAUCGAGACCUACCGCCGCCUGCUGGACGGAGAGGGCGGAAACUCAGGGUACAAAAGUACAGGAUCCAGAAACAUGGGAUCGAGGGGUUCAGGAUCUGGAAGCUCCUCUGGUCAAGGAAGAGAUCCAAGCAAGACAAGAGUGACUAAGACCAUUGUGGAGGAGGUAGUGGAUGGCAAGGUUGUCUCAUCUCAAGUCAGCAAUGUUUCUGAAGUGAAAGUUAAAUAA